UAGUUUUUAGUUCGUAGUUUUUAGUCCUCAGUUCUUAGGAAUGGUGCAUAAACCCACCAUUUCUAGUGCUAGUGUUAUGUCUUAGUUCUUAGGUGAAGUGCAUAAACGCCCUCAUUGAAUUGUUAGCGUUCAAUUCUUAGGUCAUAGGUUUAGUCUUAGUUCUUAGGAAUGGUGCAUAAACCCACCAUUAAUGUUCUAAGAUUUGCUAUGGAGUUCAGUGUUCAGUAUAUAUUUAGUAUUCUGUGGUGUUCACAGCUCAGUGCUCUGGUUUCUCCUCAGCUGUCAGUUCUGAAGACAUUACAUAACAUAACAUAACCUAUAAUAAUAAUAAUGAAAAUACUUUCUAUGAAAUGCCUGAAAUCAAGAGUGCCGUAGAAGUCGACGAAUUUUCCCAAAAAAUUUUUUAGGUAUGAUUCGCGACAUAAGGGUUUUAAUGCAUAUUUGAUGCAGCCGUUUGACAGGUUUCUCUGUGAUUCUAUGAAUCUUGGUGAUUUCGAUUAGUUUUAAUUAUUACUAUUAUUAUAUAUCAAUGAAAAUAUGUAUUUCCUAAGUCGAAAAUAUUUGACCAAGAUUUUUAAGUCAAUACAGAAUGAAUUUAAGAAAUCAGGAAGCAACAUUCACAUGAGCUCUAAACUUUGUAAACAAGUAUCUCCAGAAGAAUUGAAAAAUAAAAGAAUACGCUCAACCUUGUAUUAUAUGGCUGCUACGGGAAUAGUUACUGUUGGUAUGAGCUAUGCAGCAGUCCCCUUGUACCGAAUGUUUUGUCAAGCAUACAGUUAUGGAGGCACCGUUUCUUUAGGCCACGAUGACACCAAAGUUGAAACAAUGAAUCCUGUUAGACAGAGGCCAAUUAGAAUUAAAUUUAAUGCUGAUAUUUCCACCAGUAUGAAAUGGAAUUUCAAACCACAGCAGAAAGAAAUAACUGUUCAUCCAGGAGAAACAGCUUUAGCAUUUUACACAGCCAAAAACCCUAGUUCUAAACCUGUUAUAGGUAUAAGUACUUAUAAUGUAAUUCCUUUUGAGGCUGGACAAUAUUUCAAUAAAAUACAAUGUUUUUGUUUUGAAGAACAACAACUUAACCCUAAUGAACAAGUUGAUAUGCCAGUUUUUUUUUAUAUUGAUCCAGAAUUUAUUGAAGAUCCUUACAUGAAAAAUGUUGAUGAAAUUAUUUUGUCUUACACCUUUUUUGAAGCAAAACAUGGAAUGAACUUACCUGUUCCAUCUUAUGCCAAAUGAGAAAUAAUUUGUUAAUUGUUUAGUUUUUGUAAAUAAAAGUUUGCAUUCAA